AUGCUAGGCGCGAGCACUGUGGACAACAGGACCAUCGCAUACAAAUCACGCAUCCUCUUUACUCAUGCUCAGUCUAUAGUGAACGCUGCAAAUCUCAUCUUUGAUCAUUCACUCACGCUGCUAAUUUGCCCCACAUUUACUUACCCCGAUUUGGCUAGCUUCAUCCGCGGCGACUUCACACAACAUCUGGCGCGCGCACUUUGGCAUCAAAUCGACACCAGAACAGAAUCGCGAGCGCCUCCCCAACCACCACUUCCCACAGCCGCCAACAUGGGCGCAGUGCUCGGCCGACCCGGCUUGCCGCUGGCAGCACUGGCUGCGCUCUUCAGUGGUUUUGGGAACACACCCCGACUCGACGCGCCACAGUACCUUUUGUCAUCAUCCCAGUCCUCCUUCUGGCCAUCACUGCCUCCAGCACCUGCGCGCAGCGAUGGCGGCGAUGUCCACAACGCGACAUCUCAAGGACUGAUGGUCGCGACGAGCGGCCCUGAUUUGAAUCAUGGCAACGUUUCUUGGGUCUUCUCUCCUCAUCCUUCCGUAUUUAUUCAAGUCGCCCUCCUCAUUCUUGCCCGUCUGGCCCCAAAUACUCCUUUGGUGACGUACAUCAACCGCGCCCAUUCGGUGAUACUACUGGUCGCGCUGGCAGUCCAGUACUGUCCAGGUCUCGUCUUCUCGCUGAUACAAGACGGUAUCGUACAGCUGCUAAUUGCUGUCGGCAUCGCGCUUUGGCAAAUCUGGAGGAAUCCAGCAGUCGAGUACACCAUAGAUGAAGACAUUCAAGACGAGACAAAAGCCAGCGACAACAACCUUCUGCAAAAUUCUGCAGUGGGUCAGUCGGAAGAUAAAUCGACCCAGUUCCCAGAACAAGCCCCGACGACGCCCGUCGAAGAUAAUCAAACCAUCCUCCGACAGAACGAAGCACUGCGUCUUGAACUCUUGGAAGCAAAAAAGAAGCAAGAGUGUCAGGCUACUAAGGAUCUGGAAGAGAUCAUCACUCUCAAGGCCAAGCUCAAGGCAGAAUGCAAGAAGCAUGGCAUGGCCCGCAACGACCUGGGAAUCUGGAAGGCAAGAGCAGAGAAGGCGGAGGACAAGCUCAAACUCGCCGAGCUCGCUGGGGAGACUCUUGAAGCGCGGAGAAUGAAGAAGUUCGCGGUUCAGGACGAAAUCAGCGCGCUUCACAAACAACGUGCCAGAGUUGCUAUAACGGCCAACCUGGAAGAGCAGCUCGCGGAAGCCAGGGAAGCAUUGGUUAGAACGAUCUUCACGACACAUGAAUCAGCGCAGAAGAACGAGCUUGUUUCCGAAGUUAAAGAGUUGUCCAAGAGGUUGGCUACUGCAAAAGCAGACGAGCUGCAUGCUGCCCAGAAAGUCCUCAAGCUUCAGGGCAAGCAAGAUACCGGCACACAGACGGACAAUCAUACUUCUCCCGAAUCGACCUCCUCGUCAGCCACGUCUACGACCCUCGAAGCUUCCCAGUCCACGUCUCACAAGCCCAAGACGAUUCUUGAGGCACUCAUCAAUCCAGAAUCCUCACGAUCCAACACCAUCUCGGCACUUCCCCCAUCCACGAGAGAUACGCCGAGCAUCGCAGACGCGCCCUCGGGCUUCGUGCCUCCAUUUUCAUCGCAAGAGCAAGGCGAAGAUCAUCAAAUGAGCACCACUUCAGCUCUCCACUCGCCUGAACCUCUCGCCAAUGCAGCUGAGCCCAACACGCACUCGAGCAAUCCCGAGUUGUCCAAAUUACUGGCCUUCUUCAAGGCUAAUCCGGCUCCUGAGCUGCCGCCGAUCAGUCCCGCAGAGCCUGACACUCCGCCAAAUGGCUCGAUUGGUAACGUUGAAUCAGUGCUACCGGUCACCGAUAAGAAGCACGCCGCUCAGUCAUUGCCGAAGGAAGACCAGACGAGCGAUGCAUUCUUGCCCAUGCGGUCUGCGCUCCUGAAUAGCAAGACUGUGCCUGAGACACCACCGCGCACGUCUGGAAGCGCUACGGAUUCGGAAUCGUCUCUACCGAUUGCGGUACUGGAGAAUGCUCAGAGCGUCGCUGACUCGUUCUCGUCCUCCUCGAAUGCAGACCCUCCUCGCGCAGGUGCGACAGACUCAGUAUCGUCGCUGACAUCAAUGCCUUCGGUAUCAUCAAACCCGUCAGCGGAGGAUCAUACAAGUUCCAACCCACCGGUACAACCUACAGUAUCGGAAAAGAAGCACGAAUCCAGCACGAAGGCCGCAAGUGGAGCCGUGGCAUCAGAUGCUGCCCCAUCACCAGCAGCACCGUCGUCGAAGCGAUCAGUUUCCUCCCUUUCUUCCUCCACCACUCUGCCUUCCACGUCAAACCCAUCAUCCGGCAUACCAGGACUCUUCCGUCGAAGCGAGCAGUCAGCGCCCGUAGAAAACCCAACCUUACCUCGUCUCUGCUUCUACCGCCCACACAUAAAAGCAGUCACGAGAAAACGUUGCAUCAGAAAAGAGAACCAGACCUUCCCUUGUGUCAAUGGCAAGAAGUGUGUAGGCGAUCCAAGCCAGUACGACCAAUCCACUGGCAAACUGAUAAAUCUUGGAGAUCCUGAUGCAUCCCUCUACGGAGGCAGUAGCGACGAAGCUGAGAGCGCUCGCAGAUUUACUGCUUGGAACCUUCAGCUCUGCCAUGAGUGCUACGUGGAGGUGGAUCCGCCGAUUGAGGUGGCAAAAGAGAAAGAGGCGGCGGAGGAGUCUCGAUCAGACGAAGAGGCAGAUGGGGAUGCAGGCCUCGACGAACAACUCUCCGGAAAUGAGACCAAUGCUGGCGGAGAAGCCACGCGUGAGCAAGAAGAGGAGGCAGACAAGCCUCAGAUAAAUGAAGAUCAAGAUGUGGAUGACGGCUUCGAUGAAGAGGUGUAUGGAAAUGAGAGCAAAACUGGCGAAGAAGCCACGCACGAGCAGGAAUGUGGAGAAAAGGAGGAGCAGGAGCCUGGCGAGGACCCAGAGGGCGACGCAUUUGAAGCGGCGCUCAAGGCAGAGUUUGCAGUGCAAUACGCAGAGGAUGCGAAGGCAAAGGAGAAGACCGAGGAGGAGCAGAGAGAGGAGGGGGAGACAGAGGAGGGGGAGACAGAGCCUACUGCUGGUGAACCACAGAUGGCGAGCAACGAUGUCUCGGCACUCGUCGAUCCAACCGAGGCCAUGAAUCUGACUGGAGCUGGGACUGGACCUGUGAUGAUGGCUGAUCGUCCAGAUCCAUCAGUCUACCAGAAUCCCGGCAUGACUGAAGACGAGGCUUUCCAACGCGCUGUCUACCAGUUAUACCGUCAUGGGCCGAUAUCAGGCUGA